CUCUGUCUAGUCAGUCGCUUUCGCGUCGUCGUUAUAUUCGUUUGGGUGGAUAUAAAUUCGAACGGAAGUUACAGUCGUGCAUAGUUGUGAUUGUUUUAGCAAGAAGUGCUAGAAAGAAAUAUAAAACCAUCGAUUAAUUUUUCAUAAAAGUGUUUCGUGUGUAAUCCGUAAUAAAAAUAUUUUACAACAUGAACGCUAUCAGCAAGAUUAGAAGCUACGCAAUUUUCGCGGCAUUUCUAUUUUUCAUCGAAAAUGUCCACAGUUUACAAUGCUAUCAAUGCAUCAGCACAAACAACUCGCAUCCCUUCCAAUGCAACGAAUUUCUUUCGAGCGACAUCGAUAUCAAGCCAGAGCCUUGUGAUGCUGUUUUCGAGGCACAAUAUUGUGUGAAGCAUACAGGCCGAUUCGAGGCGACUACUCUGGAUUGCUAUCAGUGUACAUCGGAAGAAGAACUGAGCUGCGGAGAUAGUAAAUUGGUAUUAAGUACCUUACGACCAGCGAACUGCAAUCAUGUUUACGAUGCACAAUACUGCAUCAAAUCGAUCGGACGAUUCGGAGGUGGAAUAGGCACAAAAAGAUUUUGUUCAGCACUGGAUUUGGGGAAUUAUUGCGAUUACGUAAAUCAACAAGGUGACAAGUUAACUUAUCGAACUUGUAUUUAUACUUGUGCCGGCGAUGGAUGCAAUCCAGCGACAAUAUUGAAACCAAGUAUUUCGUGGAUGGUAUUGGUUGGAUUAUUAAUAAUUUAUAAAUUAUUCCUUAAAAGAUAAAUAUUUAUAUCAUUAAAUAUAAUAAUUUUUUGAGUGCAUUUUAUGAUAAAUUUAUGAUGAAUGUUAUUCGUUCGUAAUGUGUUAAUAUGAAUAAAUAGAAUAGAAUAAAUAUUAAUCUUUAAGGGAAUAAUUCAUACUUGAUUUAUUUCAUAAGAUAAUAUUGACGUGCCUUCUCUUUCUGGUAGAAUUUUAAAUAAAGAUAUUAUUUAGCUAUAAUAAUUAUAGUGUUAACACAUUUUAUAAUAUAUGAAUUUUGUAACUUAAUUGAAGAAUAUUUAGACUGAAUUUGCGUCAUUUUUCUCAUAUGAUAUGAUUAUAAACACAAAUAAGAAAUAAGUUAACUAUUCUUAAAAUCGAAUUUUAAUAGGAUUAAGUUUUUAUUCGUACACAUCUAACCUAUUAAAUCGUGUACUUAUAUAUAUAUAAUUAUUUUUUUACUUUGUUCUGUUUAUUUAUUUAACAAAGAUCUAGAUUACUUAUUUUUGUAUAUUUUUGUACAAAAUAUGAAUCUUAUAGUGUUUGAACAAUGUAAAUAUAAAAAUCUAUUUUUAUUUUUAAUUUUGUCUUUUGAAAACACAUAUAUAUGAUUAAAUAUACCCAUAAUAAUUAAACUUCACAACUAAAAAAUGUUUGUAUGGAUUAUAAGACAAUAUAAAUACAAUCGAA